UUGUUUUCGGAAAAUGUUAAACGACGAGUAAUUUUUUCGUUUUCUCUGCAUUUUCGUAAAAUUCAUUUUCGAGCAGCGGCAUAGUAAAAGGCAAAAGCAGAUUAAAAUAAAUUUGCCACAAUAAUAAAUGUUGUAAACAUUUUGCAUUCGAAUUUUGACGUUUUGUAACGCCAAGCCGUUAAGUUUUAUCAACAACUAUAAUAAAUCAGACAAGAAACGAGAGUGGAAGUGAGAAAAGUAUUAAAAUAUCUGUUCUAAUCUGGAAAGUUACACCACUGAUAUGGGUGAAAUCAAGUCGGUAAAAGUGGACAACUGGGGUGUCUUCUUCCUUCAGAAACUACAAAAUUUUUUCAACAAGACCGACUACUGUGAUCUUACACUACAGUUUCGAGACAAUUCCCAACUGAAGGUACACCGCUUAGUGCUUAGUGCUUGCACAGAUUAUUUUAAUGUACUGGAGCAAACAUGCGAAAUGGUAGACGAUGCGCUCAUCAUGCCUAAUGAAUUACAAGCCGAUGUUGUUGUACCCAUUGUCAACUUCAUGUACACGGGAACAUUAGAAUUCGAGCUAAAGAUGUAUGGUAAGCUGUUACGAACAGCCAAGGAUAUGAACAUGACAGUUUUGCUUAAGUUGCUAGAAGCACAUCGUCGUACGAUGGAAGGUGUAAACCGCAUGCAACGGCCGCCUAGUCCGAAACCAUUGCGUCGUCGUGUGCCUGUAACUGGAAAUUUGCCUUCACAACAGCCCGGCGUUCAACAACGUCGUAUAUUAACAUCGCCAAAUAGUGUUUCUGGUGUUCAGCGUCGUAUAGCGCAAACAAAGUCGGUUAGUACCAAUGCAUCUUCAUCAACUCUGGCAACUGCACAAAGUCAAUAUCGCCAACAAAUAGGAUCAACUUCUCUAAUAAAAACAAAUAAUGGAAAUAGCUCUAAUACAGGUCAAUGUCGAACACAGUUUGGCAACCAGUCCAUACAAGAAUCACAUCAAACUACUAUUAAACAAGAGCCAGAAGAGCCAUCAGCGACAUCGCCAUUUGAACAGUUACGUAAAGGUUAUAACAAUAAUAAAAGACCCGCCAGCAAUACUUUGAUAUCUCCGCCAACAAAAAAAUUAAAUAUUGAAGAUGUAAAAGAAUUUGCUGAACAACAGCGAAUGAGAAAGCAAAUUGCUGCGGAAUACGGUGAUGAUCAAGGCGAGUAUGAAAGCAGUAUGAUGGAAGAUGAUAUACAUAAUGAUGACGAUGACGACGAUUUAGCGACUUCAUCUGCUGCGGCUACAGCAGCUGCCAUGCAACCAUCCACAUCGCGUCAAACGCAAUUACAACAUGGCGCCACCACUAUCACCAUUAACCAAAAUGAAAAGCCUCCUACUAUUGUAGUCAAAGAUAGUUCCAAUUCCAAAAUGAAUCAUGCUAAAAUAAUCAAAGAAGUACUGCGUCAGUAUCCGCAUUUAGUAAAGAGUAAUAAAAAUAUUAAGUUAAAGAUAAUGCCUAGCUCUGGUGAUCAACCACAAAAAAUUAUUGUAAAGAAAGAGCAAUUGGAAAGCAUUACUAGUAAUACACAAAGUCAGUCUUCGUCUCAAUCGCAAUCAGUUCUGCGGGGACAAGCUUCCUCACAAACUUUAUUGAAACCAAUGGAGAAGUCUCAAAAUAAUUUGAAUCAAACAGUGAUGCAACAGCCAGCAGUACCGAAAGUUUCACCAUCAACCACAUCAACAACGCCUACCAAUGUGAGUGUUGGCAACGUCGCAACAUCAUCCGCAGUUCCCGCCCAAAAACGCCGGAUUGAUAGUAAAACGAUGCAUGCAUUAAUUGCAUUAGGCGCAGAAAACACCACUGGCCCUUGGUUGUGUCUACGUUGUGGAGUUAAUGGUCGUCCAAUAAGUAUUCCAUCGUAUCGCGGCUUUCGUCGCCAUUUGAUCAACACACACAAAGAACAAAUCGAUCCAGCUUUAUGUGAACAUUGUGGCUGGCGUUCAAGCACUAAACGUGAACUCCAUUUCCAUAUGGAAGUUGAGCAUAAAGUGAAAACUACUUCAUACACUUUCCCGCAAUGUUUGUUGUGUUCUAACUCAUUUUUAGACACAAACGCACUGAAUAAACAUAUGGUUGAAGCGCAUCCAGAUGAAAAUAAACAGCAAUGUAUUUAUUGUAACAAAAUAUUUGCACGCGAGCUACAAUUAUAUAACCACAUGAAAACUUACCAUAAAAAGCAGGCUUUAGAAGACGGCAUUAUAGAUUAUUCGGAUGAAGAAUUUUCGGAAUCGCAAGACGCCAAUGAAGUUAUAAGAGCACCAGACAAUGCAUCAAAAGAAAAGAAGGAGUCGAAGAUUAAAAUAAUAUCCGAUAUUAGUUUACCCAGCGCCGGAACGAUAAUCAAUAUGGAGAGCAGUAACGUGUCUACUGACAUAAAUGCACAAGUAGGAAUUAUAAGUGAGCAGCAGGAAUUUAUGGAAACAAAUGAAAGCGCAAUUAUAGCUUCCGAACCAAAAUUCGUUACUGUUGAUGGCAACGAAAUGGUGUUGACCGAUGAACAACGUCAGGAGAUAAUGGCGCAAUUGAACCAAGAUCAUGGCAGUGGUGGGGUUGUAAUGGUAUUGAAUGAGCACACUGAGUAUGCUGCGGAAACAACGGCGCUAAGCGAACAUCAAGACAAUAUGGAAAGUGGCAGUGGUGAAAAGGAACAGGCCACACAGCAAUCUAAUAUCGAAGCUGAACCAGAACAUGACGAUGAAGCAAUGGAUGAAGGAGUUGGAAAUGUAACAGCUGAAAAUGCAUCUGCAGUUGAAGACUUCGACGAUAGUCAAAUUUAUAGAGAACUCACUGAUACCCAGAACACACACGACGAUGCAGAGGAAACUUCAGACGUAAUUAGUGCCACAACAGUUAAUGACGAUAAAAAAAACACUUCCAGCGGAGGUGCAUUAGACGAGAGCAAGGAAUCAAUAGAGAACUUGGAAUGGGCUGAAAACUUGAUCAGUGCCCACGAGAUGGCUGACCAAGAAAUAGAAGCUAAACAACAAGUAAAGGAAAAUAAAGACGCCGAUGCAAUAAACCAAAAGCUAAAAGAAUUGACUGGAGACUGGUCAGAGGACGAAAAUGAUGAAGAGCAAGAAGCUCCAGCAGCUGCUUCAAACACAGAAAUAGAGGCAACAGAAAGUAUAGAAAAUAUAUUGGAAGAAAAAAAUAAUCCCAUUGAAUCCAAGCAAGAACGAACAAUAGAAGAAAAUGCUGAAGUUGCUGAAAAAGUGGGCAAUAAAUCCAUGGAACAAAAUACAGUCGACACCGAAAGUGACAUCGCAGGUACAUCUGAAGACAAUGCAAUUCUUCAAGAUGAUAAUCCCGCAUACGAAAAUAUGGACGUAGACGAUGCCAAGGGAGACGAAGAUGAUUUAGAUAUGCUAAUGAAAAAUUUACAUAAGGAGGACACAGAUGCAACUGAAAUAGAGGGCGAGGAAAAAGAAAACGAAGGCCAGAAAAUGGAUGAAAGAUCUGCUGAGGAUCUUGAAGUAGCAACACAAAUUGAAGAUAUUGCUGCUUCUUCGAAAGACACGACAUUGGUCGAAACAGACAACAUAUCAGAAGAAGAAAGUAAAACGGAUAUUACCAUUAAUGCUGGUAUCGCCAGCGACAGUUCACUCCAGCGUGAGAUGCUACAAGAACUUAAUAUAAAAGAGGAAUUCAUUUCGGAAAGCUCUGCAGCAGAAACUAAAAUAGCAAAAGCAUCGAGUGUGGAAACUCCGGAACCUUCUAAAACAGAGGUAAAAUCAACUGAAUCCAGUGGAGACACUGAAGUAGACGACGAUAAGGAUACAGAUGGAGUCAUUGCUGAGAAGCCUGAUAACAGAGGUGAACCUGUUGAAGAUAAUGGGAAAACUGUUGAAAACACCAUAAAAGAUGUUCAUGCAGAAACCAGUGAAGCAAGCAAAGAUAAUAUCGAAUCAAUAAAAACGACAGAACGUGUAAACAGUCUUAUUAGCGAAUGGGCUGAAGAUGAGGAGGAAGACGAGCAAAUAGUAGCUCCUCCUGCAGCAACAAUCACAACAGAGGAAGAGGGAACACUAUGAGAUCUAGAUUUAAUUGCAAUGUAAGUUUUAAUCGGAAUAACAUAAUUUUAGAUACACAUGCGUUGGCGCAAUACAAUAUGGAUACAUAAAUAUUUACAUAAUAACUAAGCUGUUACAAUAUUUUAUAACCUCUAAAUAUGAAAUAAAUUCCUUCUAACGUUGCUCUAUAAAUUAAUUGAAUAUAACUUUGCGCAAGGUUUACUUCUGUCAAUUCGUCUAUUCGUAAAUGCAUUAUUUUGAAAUUGGUUUAAUUGAUUGAUUUGACAGCGUAAUUAAGAAGAUUCAAUCUUCAAAAAUUAAUAUUAAAAAUAUUAUAUAACUAUUGUUUGUUGUAUAGAUGUUUAGUUCGCAUAAAAUGUUGGGAAAAUCCUUAAAUGGAUUGAUAUUUGACAUAAAUUGUUGAUCUAUUCUAAUGUCUUGUUUUUUUUUCAUCAAAAACAGAAAAAAUCAUGUGAAUUGGAAUAUUGUAUAUAAAUAUAUGAAUCACAAUAAUAUAUUGCAAUUAACAUAUUUAAUUAUAAGUACAUAGCAUACACACCUAGAUAUUCUGAAAAACGAUAUAAACAUCAAUAGCAGAGAAAUUGUGCAUAUAAUUGCAUAUAAAUACAGAAACAAUUAAUAAUAAGAAGUUUAAUUAAGUUUUCCCGAGAUUAAUUUUUAGACUUAUUUACUAACUUAGUCUAUAAAUAUGAUUAUUCAUGAUUUUUGAUAGUUUUUGUAAAAGAGUGAAUUUUCCACCAAUACAUACAUACAUACAUACAUAAAUAACCACAUAUUUAUAAUCAAAACGAAAAAAUGAAUUCACUCGAUUAAAUGUAUGUACCACGAUGUAUCAACUUAUUUUUAUAAAUCUAUCAAAAGCUCGAAGUUUGGUGAUUCAGUUGUCAAUAUAACAUGUCAAAAUAGAUCUUAAAAGUCAGUUCUAAAAGAAUAUUUGUUGCGACGAUUGAGAAAUAAAUACAUAAGUUUACGGAUACUUUUCAAAUUAAUUUAAUUUCGUUAAAAAAUGCGUGUAAAAUAAAUGUAUUAAUAUAUAUUUACGCUACUAUAAUAAACACACACUUAUAAAAUCACAAA